CUCCCAGCUCGCAUUGAACUACUCCUGCCCUCUCCCCAUGUCUUCGAUCAUUUCAGCGGUGGCCUUUGUGCCUCGGGGCUUUCCUGCAGAGUUUCCCAGGCAAUUUGAACUCGAUGAGACAGAGUACGAGCGCAUAAACGCGUUGUCGCAGAUGCGCUUGGACGAUGCUCGCGCCGACCUUGAGGCAGAAGAGGAAGAACAACAAAAGGCGACUGGAGAGUCGGUCAACGACGCGUCGAACGGCGAGGAUUCUGCCGUUGCUGAUGCUGUGGAGCCGCUCAAGUCGUCGGAGGAGAUUGAUGACGAGCUGAAGGAGUACAACUUGGACACGUACGACGACGACGAGUUGGAAAACGAAGACGACGCCGUGGAUGACGCGUCCAACCCGCUUUUCUCGCAUAUUCAAGGUCUUGCCUACCACGACGGAGGCAACAACGACCCGUACGUGACGCUGGAAGCUCAGCAGGAGGAGGAAAUGCUGGAACGCGAGGAGAUGCAAAUUUACCCUACCGACAAUAUGCUGCUGGCUGCUCGCACGGAGGACAACCUUUCACAUGUCGACGUGUACGUCUACGAGUCGGAGGCUGACAAUCUGUAUGUGCACCACGACUUUAUGCUUCCUUCGUUCCCACUGUGUUUGGAGUGGAUCGACUACCGUGUUGGUACGUCUGAAAACACUCCUGGAAACUUCUGUGCCGUGGGUACGUUUGAUCCGGAAAUUGAAAUUUGGGACCUGGACGUUGUUGAUGCCGUAUACCCUGCUGCCGUGUUAGGAGCUCCCUCUUCCUCCAGCAGCAAGGCCUCCAGCAAACGCAAGACUAAAAAGAUUCAACCUGACCGCCAUGUUGACGCCGUGUUGGCCCUUGCUGCCAAUCGUAACGCUCACAACCUUCUCGUGUCUGGUUCAGCCGACACGACUAUCAAGUUGUGGGACCUUGCCCAAUGCUCGUGUGUGCGUUCGUUCGACUCUCAUCACACGGACAAGGUGUCCAGCUUGGCUUGGCACCCGCAGACAGCCCCUGCGUUGCUGUCCGGUGGCUACGAUCACCGUGCUGUGCUCUCGGAUCUGCGUAGCACGGAUGCUCCUGCCUCGUUCACUAUCGACAGCGAUGUGGAGAAUGUUGCCUGGGCCCUCCAUCGUCCAGACGCCUUCUACAUCGGUGCAGACAGUGGCACCGUGUACUGUUGCGAUGCGCGCAACCUUGCGAAGCCUUUGUGGACGCUUCAAGCUCACGAUGGCCCUGUGUCCUGCAUGAGCGUCAGUCCCAACGUCCCUGGCUUGUUGGCUACUGGUUCAACGGACAAGAUGGUCAAGCUCUGGAACGUCGGCACGGAUGCUCCUAGUUUGGUUGUUUCGCGCGACUUGGACGUCGGUCGUGUGUUCAGCUGUGCAUUUGCUCCCGAUGAGGCUGUUGGUUUCACACUUGCUGCUUCUGGUAGCAAGGGCGUUGCUCGCGUUUGGGAUGCCUCGACGAACGCUGGCGUUCGCCGUGCCUUUGACUCUCGUCUGGGCCAAACGCCCAUUGUGAAGGAAAAAAUUGUGCAGCUUGAGGAGGCUGCCAACGAUGAUGACGAGGACGACGAGGACGACGAUGAGGACGAGGAAGAAGAAGAAGAGGAAGACGAGAAUGUGGAGUAAGGGAACUAAUUGGCUCUCUCGCUCGCUUCUUCCCGUAAUAAUGCAUGCAGACGGUGUCCUGAGAGCUGCAUUAUCGGCUGUAUAGAGUUAUUUCUUUUUUUGUUUUAAAAUGUUUUGCAUAGGUUACCGGUUGUUUUAACAGGAAUGAUUUUUGGAAAUGCACAUAACAAGAUAUGUCGGUGG